GGUCCAGUCCCUAUCUUAAGCUCCACCCAGACCUUCCUAGGCCACGCCCACGGUUCCUCUUUUCCCCCAAGGCCCCUCCCCAGCCACAGAAGGUCCUCGAGGGCUCUGUCCCCACACCCUUCUAGACUUAUUUCCUGUGCAUGUCACACCCAGGUAUUUACCUGGCACUUAGGUGAGUCUUGUGCGGUGGCGGUUUCUGUCUGAGCUGCCCAUCUAUUUUUCUCCGCGAGUCCCACAGCCCAGACGGCACGGAGGGUCCUCAGACCAAAGGCGGUGGGGUCCCGGGGCCAGAUCCCGCCUUGCCACUGCUGCAAGAGCCCCUGGCCCAGGUUCCCGACCGCAGCGCUGUCGUCAUCCCGGGGCGCGGCGACAUGCCGGAGCUGGUGGUGACGGCCCUAUUGGCGCCGUCGCGCCUCACGCUGAAGCUGCUGCGCGCCUUCAUGUGGAGUUUAGUGUACUCGGCGGCGCUAGUGGCCGGGGCAAUCUAUGGCUGCAUCGCGCUCACGCACGUGCUGUGUCGACCCAGACGUGGCUGUUGCGGGCGCCCCAGGCGAGUGGCUCCAGCUUGCCUGAAGGACCCCACGCUGGGCAAGCAUGGCUUUCUGAGCCUCAGGAGCUCUGGUCUACGCCUGCACUAUGUCUCCGCUGGCCAUGGCAACGGGCCCCUCAUGCUGUUUCUGCAUGGCUUCCCUGAGAACUGGUUCUCCUGGCGCCACCAGCUCAGGGAGUUUCAGAGUCACUUCCAUGUGGUGGCUGUGGACCUGCGUGGUUACGGCCCCUCUGAUGCUCCAAGGGAUGUGGACUGCUACACCACUGAGCUGCUGAUGGCUGACAUCCAGGAUGUUAUCCUGGGCCUAGGUUACUCCAAGUGCAUCCUUGUGAGCCAUGACUGGGGCGCUCUCCUUGCCUGGAAUUUCUCCAUCUACUUCCCAUCCCUGGUAGAACGGAUGGUUGUGGUCAGUGCUGCCCCCAUGUCAGUGUACCAAGACUACUCGAUACGCCACAUUGGCCAGUUCUUCCGAUCGAACUACAUGUUCCUGUUCCAGCUUCCUUGGCUGCCAGAGAAGUUGCUGUCCAUGUCUGACUUCCAGAUCUUGAAGACCACCCUUACCCACCGCAAGAGAGGCAUCCCACACCUGACCCCCAGUGAACUCGAGGCCUUCCUUUAUAACUUCUCUCAGCCCGGUGGCCUCACAGGGCCCAUCAACUACUACCGAAACCUCUUCAGGAACUUCCCCCUGGAACCCCAGGAGCUGGCCACACCCACACUGCUGCUGUGGGGGGAGAAGGACCCCUACUUCCAGCUGGGGCUGGUGGAAGCCAUUGGUAGACGCUUUGUGCCAGGCCGCCUGGAGGCUCACAUCCUGCCAGGUGCAGGGCACUGGAUCCCACAGAGCAACCCCCAGGAGAUGCACCAGUAUAUGUGGGCCUUUUUGCAAGAUCUGCUGGAGUAGUGUUUCUUGCUCACUGGCCUGCCCAGGUACACAAGCACGUGUAUACUUGGGAACACAUCAUCUGUGUGGGCCUGGGAGUCUGUAAAGUGUACAUAACGUGGUGAACUUCUGGAUGGCACAAAAAACGUGUCUAUGGAUUCCCUGAGGCACACCAAUCCAGGCAGGUGUGUGCUUGUGUUGCAAGCACUUGGAACCUAGGAACCAGGUUUACCUCUCCUUCAUGGAGCUAGGUGAUAGAAUUUGGUGUCUUAACCCUUCUUACCAAAGCUGCCCCCAGCAUAGCUGUAUAGACUAUAAACACAUUUCUGUCUCUAGCUUCCACCUCCAGUCUGGAUCUCAAGUCUUCUCCAAUAUUGUGUCCAAUAUGGUAGUGCUAGCCACGGUUGGCUACUUCAAUAUGAAUGUAAAUUAAUUAAAAUGAAAUACAAUUUUAAAUGUG